GAGCAAGGUCCCAUUUCCUCCUUUCCAUCCUAUACGUACUAUACACGAGCGCAUCCUGUCGGACCCCAACAUAUACACUAAAACCAUUGUCCAAUAUGGCGACUGGAGGGAUAUGGCCAGUGCUAUUAUUGAUUUGCUGUAUACAAGUAUGCCAAGGUGCCGUGUCAACGUCCAGCUUAUGCACAAAAUCUUGCGAAAAUGGAGGAUACUGUACCUGGUCGGGAAAUACAACGUACUGCGCAUGUCCUGAUCAAUACUACGGUGACACGUGUGAGCUGAUGUGUAACAUGACCAAGUGCGCUGGUGGGCGGUGCAUCAUGUACAUGAGUUCUUCCACAUGUCUUUGUCCUGGGGGUUACAUCGAACCUAUGUGCACCACUAACUGUACCGACACGUUUUGCCAGAACAACGGCACAUGCUCCAUCGAUGUGGACGGGAUGUUAAUGUGCUAUUGUAUGGACGGGUUCACAGGAUCGCGGUGUGAGGUUAACAACACCAGCAUCGUAUCGUGUUCCGGAACAAACUGCACGGGCGUUUUAACAAAACAUUGUACCCUGGUUGAGGCUGGGGUCACGUGUCACUGCCGAGCAGAUUUCACAGGAACACAUUGUGAAAGACGUAAUUGUCUUAAUGUUGAUGUGAACAAUUGUUCAUCGACCGGAACCUGUAAUUUUAACGACUUUCCGGGCGCCGUGAAUGAGUGUUCCUGUAUGCCUGGGUACACGGGGUCCAAGUGUGACUCGAAUAUUGACGAUUGCGUGGGCGUCACGUGUGAAAAUGGUGGAACCUGUAUUGACGGGAUUGCUUCGUUCAACUGCAGCUGCCCGUCGUUAUAUACCGGUGACUACUGCGAAAAGGCGGACUGUGUGGCGAGAGGAUGUGCCAACUUGACCGGAAAUGGAAUGUGUGAUACUGAGUGUAUGUUUAUGGAGUGUAAUUACGACGGGUUGGAGUGCUCCCUCGGUGUCAACCCCUGGUUUGACUGUAAAGUGAUGCCGUCCACCAGAGGGAGACAUUGCUCCGUGUUGUUCAUGGACGGCGUUUGUGAUCCGGAGUGUAAUACCAAUGGCUGUCUGUAUGACGGGUUCGAUUGUGUAAAUAAUGGCACCAUGCUAGCCGAUUGUUUCAAUACCUCUCACUGCUUUGAGAGUAUUGGAAACAAUGUGUGUGAUGUCGAGUGUAACAACCUGGAAUGUGCUUAUGACGGCCAAGACUGUGCUAGUACCUCCACCACGAACCAGAAAACAUUGGUCCUCACUUUCACCCCCAUGAACGCUUCCUUCGGCAGGCUCGCAGAGGCGCGUUUGGUUGCCUUCCAACUGUCGCAGAAACUGCGAUCAAGAGUAUACAUCAGACAAAACAAUGGCAGCGACAACAUGGUGUACAGGAUAGAUAAUUCAUCUGAUUCAAACAUCAGAGCUUACUACGACAUUGAGCAACCGUCUAACUGUACCGUGGCUGGGUCGUGUGUGACGGACGUACAGACCGCGGCCAAGAUGGUGGCAGCUGUUGUGUGGAUGUACGAGCGGUCUCCUAAAACACGAUUAACAAUCUUCAAGAGUGUCACCACCUGCACAGAGGGUUACCAGUAUUCAAAUGGAAACUGUAACAGCACUUGCAAUAUCGGCUGUCAAUCAACUUGUAAUUUUGAGACCGGAAGUUGUGUGAACUGUAUGGACAGCUAUGUUGGGAACACGUGUGACGUAAAGUGCAGCUCGAACUGCGCUAGAACGUGUAACGCCACACAAUGUAUCGGGGGAUGUCAAAGAGGCUAUAUUGGUGACAAAUGUGAUCAAGCUUGCUCUACGGGGACGUACGGAACCAACUGUAGCAUGACGUGUUCCGACUGUGCUAACGAUAACUGUACAAACACGGAUGGCACCUGUAAACAGGGCUGUAAGAAUAAAGGUCGAAAAGGAACACAAUGUACCGAAAACUGUGCGUCGGGGAAUUAUGGUGAAAACUGUGGCAUGUCUUGCUCGACGAACUGCCUUAACAAGAAGUGUGACAGGGUAACUGGCAACUGUACAGGGCUGUGUCCUACCAACAAGUGGGGAAAUACAUGUAACGAAGAUUGCAGUUCAAAGACAUGUACGACCAAGUGCGAUGCGUGCACUCCAACGACUGCCGCCACCACAGCUUCAACUGCGUCCGCCUCCGCGAACAGCGAUGUGGGAAUCAUUGCUGUUAUCAUCAUCCUGGUCAUCCUCAUCAUUGUUGCAGUCAUCAUAUCCUACUGUCUCUGGAGGCGCUCACAGGCCGGUGUGUAUGACCUUGACGAGAAGAAGGGAGACGAGCUACCCCUAAACGCAGCUCACGUGGAGAGCGGGCAGUCUGACGACCUGGGUACCCCGAUGGUUGCCAUGGCAACGGGUAACGGAUCCCAUGAAGUAGAGGUCGUGUCAGAAACCACAAUCCGAACAACUGACAAAAACGGCGAAACAAAACCCUUAAUAGAGAAUGAGAUAAACACCGAGCAAGAGAGCGAACGGAAGGAACCAGACGGGAGAGAAAAUUCAGCCGAGCCGGAUGACACAGAGGAACCCAUGAGGGAGUCGCGAGAGAUGAAGACUGCAAGCAAGUACAUGCCACCGACAGAGCAGGAGGGUGGCCCCGGAGGCGUGUACGUGGGACCUACUAGCCCCGCCGUUGACGAUGUUCAAACCGAACAAGAAUCGCAGGACACACAACAAGAGUCACAGGACACACAAGAAGACUUGGAGGACACAAGCUUCUCCGUAACCCCAGCCGAGUUAGUGGCCCCUCCAUCUAUACAACAGGACACUGGGACCGAUCUUCAAACCCCUCCCUCCCCUUCGCCCGACCCAGACACUCCGCCAUCACCGCCACCCGAUAUGACCGCCUCAUAAGGCAGGUAGUGUAGCGAUUCGCUGAUACUUGAAACGGAAGAGACAUGAAAAAUAUUUACGUGACGCCAAUAUUCCUUACUGACAUUUUUAUAUCAGAUUUGGGCAGAAGAUUAAUACAAGGAUCACAAUAAACUUGUGAAAAGUUCGUUAUAAAUCAUAUAUAUAAAAAAAGAUGAAUCGGAGCAUGUUCCACUGAUCGGAAAACGCACUUCGGAUGACAUUUUAUCUCACUGGAAAACAAAGUUCGAAAUGGUGUACCGGAGUCAAAAUGACUGAGGUUUGAUACUGAGGUUUGGAUUACUGAGGUUAUAUCACCAGAGUUCGGAUUACUGAGGUUAUGUUAUCGGAGUCCGGAUUACUGAGGUAACGUUAUCGGAGUUCGGCUACCUGGGGUUAUGUUAUCGGAGUCAAGAUAAGCAAGCUUCUGUUCAAUGAGUAACGAAGUUCGGAUUACUGAAGUUAUGUUAUCGGAGUUGCAUUAAUAAGGUAACGUUAUCGGAUUCUGCAUUACCAAGCUUCUGUUAACUGAGAAAUAAAGUUCGGAUUACUGAAGUUAUGAUAAUUAUAAUGAUAUCCGGAUUAUGAACUGUAUUUUAUAGGAUUAAACAGGUUUUAACCUCGGUAAAGGAGUCUGGAUUAACGAGGUUUUGUUACCCGAAUCUGGAUAGCUGAGGUUAUGUUACAUGAGUAUCGGAGUCUGGAUUACCAAGGUUUUGUUACCCGAAUCCGGAUAACUGAGGUUAUGUUACAUUAGUAUCAGAGUCUGGAUUACUUUUAGAGUUAUGUUGUGGGAUUCCGAAUCACCUAUGUCAUCAGAGUAAUGGAAUACUGGAGUUCUGUUACCGGAGUACCAGAAUUCAGGUUACUGAGGCAAUUUUCGGAAUCCAGAUAAGUAUGGUUAUUUAUCUGGAGUAUCUGAGAUUGGAUGACGUAGCUCCACGACUACAACUAUCUGGUAUUAUCACCGUAGUCAUCCGGGCACUGACAGCAUAACCACAGUAUUUGGUAUUCCAAUACUCUGACCAUGGAACCCAAAUAUCCGGAUUCCGUUACUGCGAUACAAAACCGCAAUCAUUUAGACUCCAAUACGUCUUUAAGAUACAAAUGUAACAUAAGUUAUCCAGAUUCCCGCAACAUAACAUACACCAGAUAUGUAACUGAGGUUAUGUUAACAGAAUAGGGAGUCCGGAUUACUGAGGUUAUAAUAACAGAAUAGGGAGUCCGGAUUACUGAGGUUACAUUAACAGAGUAGGGAAUCCGUAUUACUGAGGUUGUUAACAGAGUAGGAAGUCCGGAUUACAGAGGUUGUUUACAGAACAGGGAGUCCGGAUUGCUAGGGUUUAUGUAUCAGAGUAUGGAGUCCGGCUUACUGAGGUUAUGUUAUCAGAGUGGGGAGUCCGGAUUACUGAGGUUAUGUUAUCGGAGUCACUGUGACGGAGAUUGCCAGAAUAUCUUAAUCCGGAUUACUGAGGGUAUAUGACAUUGUUAACUUUAAUCUUCGUGAUAAUCAUACAGUUCGACAGGUUUUAUUAGAACGUCGUUAUUGGUUAAACGGUCGUCUGUGGUUUGCUUUUACUAGCAAGUCUGACGGCCUUGACCUUGGUCUGAUCCACGGGCGAUGUCGGCCUCGAGCCACAAGAUCCCUACGUACAUAGAAAUCAACAUACAAUGCAGAUUAAUACUGUUAUAAAACAAUUGUAUCCCAUGAACCUAAUAGUGAGUGAUCAAGCGUUCUCAGGCCGCUAUGCGUUGCGAUUUUUUAAAGUGCUCGCUGCGUCAGUAAUGGUUCAGAGAUCUAUAUAUUCUUUAGAUAUUUAUAAAGUGUAUAUAAUCUAAAAGUUAAUAUUUGCGUUUGAAUAUUUUGGCGCUAAUUUACUCAACGCGAAAAUCGCGAACAUUUCCACACCGCGAAAAUGUCCACUUUAACAGUAUAUUUUUUUUAGAUACAUUGUUUGUUAAUAUAAUAACAUGUCAGUAUUUUACUUUAUAUAUAUUAUAUUAUUUAUGCCUGGUAAUACUCACUAUACAUCUAUAGUACAUAUACAGCCUAGGUAUUCUAUCUAACAUAUCUUUGUAUAUUGCUAUGUCGGAUAUUCCUUGAAACAUCGGGCAGCUAUCUCGAUUUUCUUUUAUCUGUGUUGAUAGAACAUAUUAAAUAUGUUGUUUCUAUUCAAGUUUCUUCAAUGUCCCCUUCACUUUCUAAUCGUUGUUUUUACUUUGCUUUAUUUUGUAAACAACCCAUUGUUUAAGGUUUUGUGGUUUUCCCUCGGUCUUUUUGAUUGUGUGGUGGUUCAUUCUGACGCUGCAAUUUAUGUGUUGUACGUCAGUAAAAUUUUCUGUCUCGCUACCAAAGUGGGAAAUGAUUUGAACCAGAACCUUGUUUCACUUCAGGCAGAAGAUGUUAGCAUGUUCUGUAUAAAACAUUUAGCACCUCUAUUUUCCGCCUUCAAUUUUCUUUUCAAACCCGUUAACGAUGUUCUCAACUUUAGAUGUGUUAACCGGAACAUGUAGUGUGCGAUGUGACGUAGUCAUAUGACGUAUCACCAUAGUGUGAUGGGAGAGCGAUACAGAUAUAGAAUGUCGGAGUCCGAUCGAGACUUACCAAGGUCCCCGAAUUUUACGUACAUCUGAUUGCAUAUUUCUACAUAUAUGUCCCCAACACAUGGCUAACUGUCUACUCUAGCAAUGGGAGGACACAUAGUCCGUACUGUAUCAUUAUACAAUGUUAAUACCAUCUGUAUCAUUUCUCCAAUCACAUCACAUAUCUUAUCAGAUAUACCUGUGAUAUUAUGCAAUUAUAGCCUUUGGCUGAGGUCGAUACCUGGAUCUAUGCUAUAAGGAAGCGGGACGAUAAGUUCGUUUGGAGACACGUCAUUAUUCUAUUUUUAGAAACACCCAGUUCUUUAACAAAAAUCACGCGCUCGAAGUCAAUAUCGGUUUUUAUCGGUGGACACGUGAUUCACUUCUGGCCAAUCACUUGUCGGGAAUAAUAGGAAAAAUUAAUAAACCUAUAAAUAGUUCCAUCAAAUAUGCAAAUUAUUUUCGAACAAAAAUGUAUAUAUUCUUUUAAUUUUAUACAGAAGAAAAGAACGUUGAAGAUAAAUGUAUACAAUUUUCAUUGUAGGCAAGAUGCCAUUUCCAUUGUUUGCGUGUUUUCGUAUAAUUUGUAUAGACCAGCUAGGGCCCAUAUACAUGAAACAGCUAUCAUGCUCAAACCCAUCCUUGGAUGGCUCAAACCCAGAAUCUGUGCUACAGCCCAAUUUCUGGUGCCAGUGAUAAAUUUAUAUAAAAAUAAUAUUUUUUCAAUGAUAUGUAAGAAAUUUUGAAAGACUUUAGGCCGAUUACUUUUUUCAGUGUUUACACUUGACUUUUUGACCAUGUUACAUGAUUUAAGCUUGAGUAUGAAAACGGUUUCAUGAAUACGAGCCCUGACGUCAUUUCCAUUGAAGUCAAUUCAUGUCAACAUUAUAGACUUGAGGUCAUUUCUGUUGUAGACGUGGAGUCAUUUCCAUUGUACACUAAGUCUACUUGAUGUCACUUCAUGUCAACAUUAUAGACUUGAGGUCAGUUCUGUUGUAGACGUGACGUUAUUUCCAUUGUACACUAAGUCUCCUUGAAGUCACUUCAUGUCAACAUUAUAGACUUGGGGUCAUUUCUGUUGUAGACGUGGAGUCAUUUCCAUUGUACACUAAGUCUGCUUGAAGUCACUUCAUGUCAACAUUAUAGACUUGCGGUCAUUUCUGUUGUAGACGUGGAGUCAUUUCCAUUGUACACUAAGUCUACUUUAAGUCACUUCAUGUCAACAUUAUAGACUUGAGGUCAUUUCUGUUGUAGACCUGGCGUCAUUUCUAUUGUAGACAUGAUGUAAUUUUAUUAUAGACGUGACAACAGUUUUGAUGUUGACAUGUUCAUAUUGUCAAGGAUUACCUACACAAUUUUGUGAGUAAUGCAGUCAAACAUUUACGUCUUAAACUGUAUGAUCCCUGUCCCACUACAGGCAAAAAACUAGAGAUAAGUUAUAUUUUACGUAACCUCCUCUUCAUUUCGUUAUGGAUUAUAACUUGUCGUCGGGCUUGAUCAUGGAAGUACCACAGCUCACGUAGCACAAUUGGUAUGAGCAUCCGCAUAGUGGUCGGAGGUCCGGGGUUCAAAUUCCGGUCUGGUCCCAUAACAUUUUUACUCUCAGAACACGAAUGACGAUUUUUUUUUACUUUUUUAAAUUUUAUUUUUUUUGCUGCAUUUGUCUAUUUUUUCACAAAAGUUCCGCAAGGAAUGCCUUUCUUUUUAGAAAUGAUUUAUCAAAGCUGAUAAUUGGCAUGCAGAUAAAAAAAAAAAAAAGGUUUCCAAAUCAUAGUUAUAGGUUUCCGCAGUGGUACGGGGAUUCUUUGGGUAAAUACUACAGAAUACAUCAUCAACCAUGUUCAUCUAUGCAAGAUUUACCGAGUGAGCGUAUGUACACAGCUUUACAUCCUUUAUCUAAAUGUCUAUAAACUUAAGUAAGUGUUACCCGUUAUGUAGUGGUUGUAUUCUUUAAAUUUAUUCUCUUUAAUAUAUGGCGGUUUUUUUAUUAUUUCGAAAGGCUUAAAAUACGGAUUCAUUGUUGUUAUCUAACUGAUGCUAAACAUCCUCGAAAUUCCAGUAUUUACGCUCUCUUACGUUCUCUGCAGUCCUGGACUAUGUCAUGAUGAAAUCAAAGACUCUGUAUACGUUACUGGUCAGUUGUACAACAUCUAAGGAAGUGUGCGGCGGCGUAAUGGUAAAAUUCUCGGACUUGGAAGUUGGGUGUUGCUCUUUACUCUAGCUAUCUGUCAGGGUGUUCCCCUCUUUCAUUACCUAAAACCGAUGCAAUUGCGUACCUCGUACCAUUGCUAUUCUCAUGACACAUUCCAGAGUACAUGAACACAAGUGACCGUAACCCCUGGGGUUUUGAGGAUGACGAUGUACGACGUCGCCGAGCUGACAUUAAUAUUUCAGCUGUAAUGCCUUUUGAAUCGACGAAUUGACAGACUAAAAAAGAAAUAUUUAUCUAAUUUGAGUAUCUUUGUUUGAAGGAGUUAGCUGUAUAUUAAACAUUCCAGCGUACGGGUUCCAUGGACUUUGUUCAUAUUUACAACAUUCUACGAAGUCAUCGAGGAGUAGGUCCUUAAAAAAUAGCGAACUAUAUACAAGAUAUUACGCUUUUUCUCUUUUGGAGAAACUGUUCGCUGUUUAAAACAUUAUUUUUGUAAUGCCUGCAUUCUUCUAUUGUGCUAUAUAUAUAAUUAUAUACACGGGACAAUUUUCAUUCUGGGGUCAUUCAAAUUACAAACUGGCAUCCGGAUCACAUCACAGCUGCUUGAGGUGUAUGCGGUUUGUUUGUGUCCGUCUGUAGACUCCAGAGCAGUACGGUGUGACUCUAGACCGAAAAUCUGUUGUGCAUUCGGAACUCAUCUUAUAUCAUCCAUAUAUCUUCAUGUUAACGUCACCGUUUCAGUUCAUUGUAUAAAGCCAAUGUCUAUCAAUAUAA